AAAGUCGCUAAACGCGACCAGAGGGCAGAGGCGAAGCCGGUAACCUAGGAGUCCUGGCUCCGCCCCCUUCGCGUUUGGCCUUGCCUGCUCCUCCCACCACCACUUCGCUCAGAGGCGGCUACUGGCUCAAGAGGACGACAGAAGCCAGUCUCUGAUGCCCACCGCAUUCUCCAGCUUCAGGCCUCAAGCCCUGUAGCCGAGAAGGCGAGGCUUAAUGUUACACCACCGGUCUGUUCCGCCUCCGUUUUGGGGUCCACCCGAAAAGCUUUCAGAUCGGAUCCUCGGUGAGACGGCACUCGAUUGAAUAGGUCUGUCUCUACAGGCCAAGGAGGCGGGUUUGGCGCCGCCACUCCAAGGCCAAAGCGAGAAAAUCUUACUGCGCACGCGCAAUAGACAGCCGACGGAGCCACCGAUGGAGCCGUCCGGAAGGGAGCAAGAGCCCGGAGCCAUCAGGCUCCUGGACCUGCCCUGGGAAGACGUGCUGCUCCCACACGUCCUGAACCGGGUCCCGCUGCGCCAGCUGCUCCGGCUGCAGCGCGUUAGCCGGGCCUUCCGGGCGCUGGUGCAGCUUCACCUGGCCGGGCUGCGUCGCUUCGAUGCCGCGCAGGUGGGUCCGCAGAUCCCGCGGGCCGCAUUGGCCAGGCUGCUGCGGGAUGCCGAGGGGCUGCAGGAGCUGGCGCUGGCGCCGUGUCACGAAUGGCUGUCAGACGAGGACCUGGUGCCGGUGCUGGCGCGGAAUCCGCAGCUGCGGAGUGUGGCGCUGGGCGGCUGCGGGCAACUGAGUCGCCGGGCGCUUGGGGCGCUGGCCGAGGGCUGCCCACGCCUGCAGCGCUUGUCGCUCGCGCACUGUGACUGGGUGGACGGCCUGGCGCUGCGCGGCCUCGCUGAUCGCUGCCCGGCCCUGGAGGAGCUCGAUCUCACCGCCUGCCGCCAGCUCAAGGACGAGGCCAUCGUGUACCUGGCGCAGAGGCGCGGCGCUGGUCUCCGCAGCCUCUCUCUGGCCGUCAACGCCAACGUGGGGGACGCCGCGGUUCAAGAGUUGGCCCGGAACUGCCCAGAACUCCAGCACCUUGACCUCACCGGCUGCCUCCGCGUCGGAAGCGACGGUGUCAGGACAUUGGCCGAGUACUGCCCCGCGCUGCGCUCGCUGCGGGUGCGGCACUGCCACCAUGUGGCGGAGUCCAGCCUGAGCCGCUUGCGGAAGCGCGGCGUGGACAUCGACGUGGAGCCGCCGCUGCACCAGGCCCUGGUGCUGCUGCAGGAUAUGGCGGGCUUCGCACCUUUUGUCAACCUGCAGGUCUGACCCGCCUGCCAAUCGGAGCACAGCUGGACUGUGUGGCUGGGGCCUGACACUGAGCUGUAGGGAAACUGAACUGUGGGGACCUCUGGUGAGAGGCCAGUGCCCUGCCCCACCCUGGAGCUUCAAAUAAAGAGCUUUUUACCCCCUCUU